ACGCUAGCGGCUAACACUCGAUAACUGUCUGUAACUCUCGGAGUGACUGUGAUUGUGUCCCAUCAGGCGCCCGAGGACACCGAUGAGGAGCGGCGGAACUCCAAACGUCGGUCCAGAUCGAGAUCGGCCGACCGGAAGCGGAAGUCAGGAGACAAGAGGCACAGACACAGCCACGGCGGAAGCAAAGAGGCACGGAAGAAAGCUCUGCGAUGUCAGAGCGGAUCAGAGGAUCAUCUGGAGACGCCAGAUAAAGACACGGAGGAGCGCCAUCGACGAAAAGACAAGAAGUCCUCCCGAGCGAAGAGCCCGUCACGGUCACGCUCCAGGGAAAGGCGACAUCACAGUCGAAACUGGGACAAAAAGAGGUCGAGGAGUCGUGAGAAGAAGAGACGGGCUAAGUCUCGAUCUAACUCCAGGAGCAAACACAGACAUCGCAGCAGGAGCCGCAGCCAGAGCAGGGAGAAGAAGAAGAAGAGGGCAGAGAAAGCCCGGAGGAAAAGUCUGAGUCGGUCAGUGAGCCCGGUGACCUUCAGGGGCAGAAACACAGCCAUGGAUGCUCAGGAGGCGUUGGCCAGAAGGUUGGAGAGAGCUAAGAAGCUUCAGGAGCAGAAAGAGAAGGAGCUGUUGGAGAAGCGUCUACAGGAGAGCGCAGCAGGUACAGUAGCUCCUCUCUCGUGUGAUCCGGUCUCUGCACCCAGUCCUGGUCUGAACGUCGCAGCGCUGCUGGCGUCCGGCACACAGGUCACUCCUCAGAUCGCUAUGGCCGCUCAGAUGGCAGCGCUCCAGGCCAAAACGCUGGCAGAGACGGGCAUCGCUGUGCCAAGCUUCUACAAUCCCUCAGCGGUGAACCCGAUGAAGUUUGCAGAGCAGGAGAAGAAGAGGAAGAAGUUGUGGCAGGGGAAGAAAGAAGGGGACACAAACAAGAAGUCUCAAACAGCUGAGCUUUGGGAGAAGCUCAAUUUUGGCAAUAAAGACCAAAAUGUGAAAUUUCGCAAACUUAUGGGCAUCAAAGGUGAAGAAGAAGAAGAAGGAAGCUCAUCAGGAGCUGCUAAUGAAGAAGGACUCCGAACGUUGCAGCAGCAGGAAGAGAUGUUUCAUAAUCUGGACGUCCAGUAUGAGAUGGCCCGUUCACAGACACACACGCAGAGAGGAAUGGGCCUUGGAUUCUCCUCCUCGUUUUCCUGAAGGGGCAUGGAUGCUCUCUGAACAUUCGGUGUCUGAGCUUCUCAUUUCUGUAAACUCUGGCUGCUGUAAAGCUGAUUUGUACCUGCUUGUAGAGAAUGCUGGUGCAUUAGCUUGCAUGUAUGAUUCAUCCAGUCUGUCCUUUAAUCCGUUCUGAAAACUCACCUGUAAAUACAGUUGAUUGCUCAAGCAUAUGUCGUUGCUUGGACUCUGAAAAGUGUGUUUAAUAUUGUAAAGCUUUUGUUUGGAUUUUGGGAAACCGGAUUGUAUAUUACACUGUGUUUGUAUUGAACCUGUCUAAAGCUAGUGAUUCCUGAUAUAUCACUGACCGAGGCGUACCAGGGACUAUGAUAUAUUGUGAAUGCUGUAGUGCUUUUAAUAAAAUCGUUACUACGUAAAUAUAUUAAA